AUGACAACCCCGCAGCUGGUUCAAAUUACACUCUCGGACGAGGAACGCGCUACUAAGACUCUCUCUUCUCAUAACCUUCAAGCAGCUCUUGAGGGUCUCCAUCGGGAUGGCGUAUGCGUCAUUACUAACGGCGUUGACCCUACUCAUCUCGAUAAGCUGAACGAGCGCAUGGUCCCCGAGGCCAAGACCCUGUAUGCCAAUCCACAAACCCACCGCAACUUUGGCUCUCGUACCGGAAACAUCCAGCAAGAGCCUGUUGUCGACUCGAGGUAUAUGUUUGAGGACGUUAUUGCAAACCCCUGGGCAACUGCCAUCACCGAAUGCAUGCUGGGACCCAACCCACACCUGCGUUUCUAUAGCGCCAACACGGCCUUCAAAGCUGAGGACCGACAACCGGUGCAUGUAGACGUGCACUUUGACUUCCCCAAGAUGCCUUUUGGACUAUGUAUCAAUAUAAACCUGGUGGCGACCUCUCCGGAAAAUGGCGCUACUGAGCUCUGGCCUGGUAGCCACCGGGACGCCGAUCCUCGAGACAGUGACGACAGCGGUGUGAUCCCGGAGAUUGUUGAAGCACGGCGCAAGGUUUCUCCCCCAGUGCAGCCAUCGCUACCCAAGGGAGCGAUUAUUAUUCGGGAUUUCCGGCUGUGGCAUGCAGGCAUGCCGAACCGCACGGAUGACCCGCGUGUUAUGCUCGUGACAAUUCAUUUCCCGGCGUGGUACCGUACAGACUUAAAGGUCGUGUUACCUCGGAGCUUACAGGGAAAGGUGGACUGGGGUCAUCUAGUGCCUAACUAUUCGGCUGUGCUCCGAUUGGACAACCGAGUGCUCAUGCUCCACGCGCGAGGCUGCCUAUUCUUAUAUCACCAACAAGCCACCUCUGUCAUCCCUCGUCGAGAUAUUAACCGGCUAGUACUAUCUAACUCUUUUAGAAAGCAGAAAGCGUUGACCAUGGCGCGCGUGUUGGCCGAGAACGACGCUAUACCCAGCGACUGGCGGACUCGACAGCCGGGCUGGAUCAUUUGGCUGCUUAUAUCGGUGAUACGUGUCUCACUAGUGUCUCUUGUCCUUGGCAUCUACUACACAAUACCCUCAUUCCGGCAGAGUCCGGAAUGGACAUAUCGCCAAGCAUUCACCACCCGCCUCAUGAAGCUAGCCAUGACCAUCAUCCGCGAACUCGGCUACGCCCAGUCCCUGAGCCUGGAGUCAGACAAGCUGGGCAGCCAAUGGGUUCUCAUGAAGCCAGCCCCGGAAGACUCGUAUCGCGGUGCUUUCGCAAGCGACACCAUCAAACCCGAAACGAUCGGCGGGACUUGGUAUCCCUCACCACCAUCGAAGUCAUUGCCACCAUUCAUCGACAUCGACAAUGAUGAUCAAGAGCAAGAAGUAGAUGACGAGAAGAGCCUAGUCGUCUUAUCAUUCCACGGCAGCGCCUUCCUAUGGCUAACUGGCCGGCCCGAUGACUCCGGCUUCACAGCCGACCUGCUCAACGAGAAGCUGGGUACAGGCACCCGGUCGCUAUGGGUGCAGUACCGGCUAGCAGGUGGCAACAAUCCCACCCCAUACCCGGGGCCCAUGCAAGACGCCGUGACCUCAUAUCUCUAUCUCGUUCGAGAACUGAACAUCUCGCCAUCCCGUAUCGUGCUCGCGGGCGACUCAUCCGGAGCUACCAUGGCCAUGGCUCUAUUGCGUCACCUCGCCUCGUUCCAGCAGGAGAGCGGCCAUGAGCUUGCAGAGCUGCCACCGCCCCGGGCGUGUCUGCUGUUUUCGCCCUCAGUUGAGUACAGCUUCGAGGGCGAUUCGCAGGCUAUGAACGCCCAUCGGAACCUGCGGACUGACUACUGUGAAGGGAAGAUGGCCGCGUGGGGUGCGCGUGCUUUUGCCCCGCCGGAGUCGGUGCGUCUGGAUGAUCCGUACCUAUCACCGGCGUUGCAUCCGUUUGCGACGCCUGUUCCCAUCUUUGCCCAGGUUGGGGGUGCGGAGGUGUUGUGUGAUAGCGUUAGGGGGUUUGCGGAUGCGAUGGGCGCUGUUCCAGGCAAUAUUGUCGAGUAUCUGGAGGUUCCGGGGUUGCCGCAUGAUAUUUAUAUGAUGGGACAUAUCCUUGGGUGGCAGGAGGAGCAGGAGGAGAUGAUAGAGGCAGCUGCACGGUUUGUUCGGGGAGUCUAGCUUUUCUCUUUCGUCGAGUUUCGUUCUCCGACUUUUACAGGAGGGGUUUGCCUUUGGAAAUGAUCUUGAUACCCUGGUCUAUGUAGUUUUCGGUCUUAACUCGAAAGGGCGAUAAUCUCGUUCUGUUUUAUCUUCCCCCCAUUUCUUUCUAUUUUGAGAAUCCAUUAGACUAGCAUCUAGUUUCUAGUUUGUAUGGCAUAGCUUAUUGGAAUUGAUAUCCACAAAUGUAUUCGUUUAGCAUGA